AUGGUAUUUAAAUCUAAGCAUAUCCUUGAGAAUUAUAAGAUUCAACUAAUUAGUGAAUUCAAGAAUUCAACGUCAUCUUAUCAGUUAAUUAAUAUGUCUGGAUUUAAUGACAAUCAGCUUGAUGUUGAAAAAUCUUCCCAAUUAUCAAGUUCUUCAAACUCAGAAGCUAUAGAUCCACAGUCUAUCACACAUAAUGAUGAGAAUCAAACUAAACCAAAUCCAGAAAAUCUUAAUUACUUGGAAAGAAUAGAAUCUUCUGCACAAUUGAGUAGACAACUAUCAUCAGCUUUAAGUGGUAAUGAAUUCCCUUCACAACAACCACAAUCAAGAAAUCGUACCUCAAGUAAUUUAAACAAUAAAGAUCACAUAAUUAAUGAAAAUAAAGAUAUACCCUCAAUGGGUCUUGGUAAAACAUUCCCAACUUUCGUACCAAAUGUUGAAGAAUAUACAGUAUCAUUUGAUGGUCCUCAAGAUCCAAGAAUCCCAACAAACUGGCCUUUAAGCAAAAAAUUACCAUUAUGUUUUAUUAUUGCAUUUCACACAUCAUGUGUUUCAUGGGCUUCAUCAGUGUUUUCACCUGGUAUUUUGUUCGUUGCUGAAGAGUUUCAUGUUGGUAGAGUUGUUGCAACCUUAGCAGUCUCAUUUUUUGUUUUAGGAUUUGCAUGUGGACCUGUUAUUUGGGCUCCAUUAAGUGAAUUAUACGGUAGAAGAAUUGUACUUCUUAUAAGUGGUAUUGGUUUUACAUUAUUUCAAUUUGCAACUGCUACAGGAAAAGAUAUUCAAACUGUCUUGAUUUGUCGAUUUUUUGGUGGUUCUAUAGGUGCUGCUCCAAUGGUUGUUGUUCCUGCUGCUUUUGCUGAUGUUUUCAAUAAUGAACAAAGAGGUAAAGUUAUUUGUAUUUUCGUCAUGACGGUUUUUUGUAUUCCAAUCCUAGCUCCAUUAGCUGGUUCUUUCAUUACUUAUAGUUAUCUUGGUUGGAGAUGGACUGAAUAUAUCACUGGUAUCAUGGGUUCAGUUAGUACUCUUUUAGUUCUACUAUUUUAUAAAGAAACUCAUCAUCCAAUUAUCCUUGUGGAAAAAGCCAAAGAAAUCAAACAAAAAACUGGUAACUGGGCUAUCCAUGCUCCUCAUGAUGAAUUCACAUUAACUAUAAAAGAUAUUGUGGAGAAAAAUCUAACAAGACCAUUGAAAAUGUUAGUUACAGAACCUGUUAUUCUUUUGAUCUCCAUUUAUAAUGCUUUUAUUUAUGGUAUUUUAUAUCUUAUGUUGACUGCUUAUCCUGUGAUAUUUGCAGAAGGUUAUAAAAUGCACGGUGGUGUCUCAUAUUUACCUUACUUGGGUCUUAUCAUUGGAUUUUUCAUCGGUGGAACAUUUUCAGUACUUAUGGAAGGUCGUUAUAUCAAGGCACUUAGAGCAAAUAAUAAUAAACCAGUUCCAGAAGCAAGAUUACCACCAUUAUUUGUUGGUUCAAUUGCUUUCCCAAUUGGUAUUUUCUGGUUAUUUUGGACUGGUAAUUGGCCUGAAAAAAUCCAUUGGAUGGCACCAACUGCAUCUGGUAUUUUUACAGGUAUUGGAUUAUUAGUUAUAUUUAAUGCUUCAAUUAAUUAUAUUAUUGACUCUUAUUUAAUCUUUGCUGCUUCUGCUAUGGCCGCUAAUACAUUUUUAAGAUCUUCAUUCGCUUGUGCUUUCCCACUUUUUGGGGUUCAAAUGUUACAUGGAAUGCAUUUAAAAUGGGCUGGGUUAUUGUUAGCAUUGGUUGGUGUUGUUUUAAUUCCUGUACCAUUCUUAUUUUAUGCUUAUGGUAAAAAAAUUAGAACUAAAUCUAAAUACGCAUUUGUUUUAUAA